AUGGGUACAUCAAUUUGUGUAAAAGGAUUUCAAUCAAAUUAAUCUGAAGUUAAAAUAAAUUCAAAAUGCUCACAUAAAUUAAAUGGUCCUCCUAACAUGUUUAAACCAACUCCAAUUAUCAGUAUUUUAAUAACUGAUCAAUAGGUUGAGAAGGAAGAAUCUCCUAAAAAAGAAUUAAAUGAAUAAUAAAAUCAAAAUAAGUGUGAAUAGUUAUUUUAAUAUACAGUAUAACAAUCUGAAGAAAUUGAUAGUUAACAAUAAAAUCCAUGGAUAAAAAAAACUUUGUAAUCGAAACCAUCAAUGUAUCCAAAUUUAAAAAUGAUGAAAUGCAUAAUUCAAACAAUUUUAAUCAAAAUAAUUUAUGUGAAUAAAAAAACUCAUUAAAUGAAACCUCAAAGUAGAAACAUAUUCUUAAAAACAAGAGUGGACAAGAUAGCUCAAAUAUUUCAAUUUCAGCUGACUCUUAAAAAUCAAUUAAAAAAGUCUCAAUUGACAAAAAACAACAAGUUUAUUUCACAAAGUGCAAAAAUUGA